GUUUUGGAUCAAGAGCAAUAAACGCGUUUUUUGAGAUACAUGACAAUGAACAAAUCGCGUGACGAGAAUACAACGUGAUAUAUACAUAUGUAUAGACAAGUACAUUUAUUGAGACACGUAGCACACACAUAUACAUGUGCGAAAUAUACUGAUAUGUGGUGGUAUCAGCCAGUAUCCGGCUUUCGCUAGUGUGCGCUGCGUGCGUACGUACAAAACCGGUGAGGAAUGACUAUUAAAGAUGAUGUACUAAAAUUAUUCAAACUGAAAUUAUUGAAAAAAAUCGAAGGAUGGGAGGGAUAAACUGGAGCGAAUUAUUUCCAGGAAGAUGGAGUCCUGUCAUCUUCAUUUCUUAUAUAGCUCUCUUUAUAAACCAAGGUAUUCUUGUGACAUGGUCUCAACGAAGUGGUCGUUAUGAAUACAACAUUGUGGCAGUUGUAUUAAUGACAGAAAUUUUAAAACUGAUCAUAUCCGCUGCACUUUAUUGCAAAGACAAUAGCAUCCUGACGCUUCUCCAAGAAACAGUGAAAAACAAAAAGGUGCUGCUGCUUUAUAUGAUACCUGCGAUUUUGUACUGUCUCUACAACAAUCUAGCAUUUGUCAAUUUGGCUAGAUUUGAUCCCACGACCUAUUAUGUUUUGUUGCAGCUUCGCGUUGUAUUCACAGGGAUUAUUUUUCAGGUCAUUUUUAACAAAAAAUUGACCGCGACGCAGUGGUUUUCUCUAAUAAUCUUAACAGUGGGUUGUAUGAUAAAGCACUUUGACGCCCACGUCCUUGGCACAGAAUUCCAUGUAGAUAUUUUUCUACUUUUAAUUCUUGUACAGACGACAUGCUCUUGCUUAGCUGGUGUAUAUAACGAGUACCUCCUGAAACGGCAAGGCGCGGAUAUUGACAUUUUUAUACAGAAUGUAUUUAUGUACAUCGAUAGUAUUCUCUGCAACGUCGUAGCAAUUGUUGCAUUAAAUUUAUUCAUGAACGGCGUGAAUAGCGAUACGUUGAGCAACGCCAAGAUUGAUAUGUUUCUGCAACCAAAAGUAAUCUUAAUUAUGCUAAAUAAUUCACUCGUCGGGAUAAUAACGAGUUUCUUCCUCAAGACUUUAAAUUCUAUACUGAAGACUUUUGCUAGUGCAGUGGAAUUGAUUUUUACAGCAAUUCUAUGUUGGAUUUUAUUCGGCAUACCUAUCAGUACGAACACCAUUGUUUCCAUAGCCAUGGUGAGCUUCGCUGUUAUUUUAUAUUCGAGAAAUCCUGUACAAAACACUCAGCCUAAAGAGUCAACGGAAAGCGCGAAGCUUCUGGUAUAAACUACAUCAGUAUUAAAUCUUUUUUAAAUAAUGAUGACUCGCAACCAAAAUAUAAACAAAGUGCACAUUACCAUUAGUGUUAAGUUGUUGAAAUGUUUUAUUGUAAUAUAAAAUGCUAUUAAUUUGAGACUGUGACUGAACGCUUGUGAAUAAAAAAUAUAUCGAUUUCUUUUAAUAAAUCAAUCAGAGGCAAA